AUGACAGCAACGGCACCCAAACAGCCAAACGAACAGUCCCCGGGGGACAAAGCGGAGGUGCCAGCUGCGGCCGCGGCGCCCGAGCAGCCCGCUGGUGACGACAAGGGCUUCAUGCGCUCGCUGUUUGAGGCGGUCGGCGGGGCGCUCGCCAAGGUUGGCAUCGGCAAGGACGGCAAAGCGCAGGCGGCGGCGUCCAAGGCGGCCGACAAGGCAGAAGACGCGUCCCACACGUUUUCAGAGAUCGCGGGCAUCAUCACCACCCUGGCCAAGGACAGCCUGGGCGAACUGCUGCUCCACCCCGGCCACGCGACAGUGGGGGUCUACUACCUGGCACGCCGCCACCAGAUGGAGCACGAGGCGGAGCGCCUGGACGGGUCCCACGUGGGCGACGCCGACAGGGUGGCGAGCCUCGCGCGUUACACCGACAUCAGCGACUGCAUCUACCCCGACAGGUACGAGGAGCUGGUGGUGAAGGGGAAGCUGCUGGCCGAGGAUGACAUCAUCUUCCAAAACACAGACGUGCACAAGCUCCAGCCGGUGAGCGGCGGUUGGUGA